AUGAAACAUGAUCACGAACCCCUACCAACGAAUUAUGAAGUAACAAAGAGACGCACAGAGAGUACAAUACGACGCUUGAGCAAAGAUAGGAAGAUACUUAAAAUGUACAGUGACAUUAUAGCAGACCAAGAGAAGAGAGGUUUUAUUGAAAAGGUACCGGAAGUAGAACUACAGAGAGAUGAUAGACAGAUCCAUUACAUACCCCAUCAUCCCGUGAAGAAGGACUCAGACACAACACCAGUACGAAUAGUCUAUGACUGUAGUUGCCACCAAUCCAAAGAAGUUCCAAGUCUGAAUGAUUGUUUGCAAUCAACCCCACCAGCCUUGAAUGACUUGACUACCUUACUUGUGAGGUUUAGACUACACAAAUUUGCGGUUUCCACAGACAUCGAGAAGGCGUUCCUUCACGUGGCCCUCCAUGAAAGCGACAGAGAUGUAACCAGGUACCUGUGGUUACUUGAUCCAUCUGAUGUACACAGUCCCCUGCAGACAUACAGGUUAAAAGCAGUUCUGUUUGGAGCCACGUGCUCGCCUUUUAUUCUAAACGCCACUUUGCAGAAACAUCUACAAGAAAACAGCCAAAACUGGGCUAGCAAAACAAUGAAAAACGAUUUAUAUGUAGACAACAUUAUAUCCAGCUUUCCAGAAGAGGACGCCGUGUUGAAGUACUUCCGAGAUGCACGAGAUCUCAUGUUGAGCGCGGGAUUUAAUUUAAGAGCGUGGACGUCAAACAGCGAGAAACUGAAAGUUUUAGCAGGAUCCGAGAAUGUCCUUGAUCCAAAACAGUCUACAAAGGUACUUGGGAUGGCUUGGAAUACCCCGGCAGACGACAUAGGAUUUCUCUCAAACCCCAUAACAAUGACGUCACAAAAUGCUACCAAACGAGAAAUACUGCGCCAGACCUCCAGAAUCUACGACCCUCUAGGUCUACUCACACCCGUGACUGUUCGAGCUAAGAUACUGAUCCAAGAUAUAUGGAAACAUGAUUUCACGUGGGACACAAUUUUACCAGAUGAGACACAGAUUGUUUGGAACAGUUUGAUUAAAGAUCUAAACGAUGCUAUGAAAACGCGCGUCGAAAGAUACUAUUUCCGGAACUUUACAUCAGACGACAAUUCAAACGUUAACGACAAUACCACUCUCCACGUCUUCGUAGAUUCCAGUAUGAAGUCAUAUGGUGCAGCAGCGUAUAUAGUGAAAGGGAGACAAUCUAGUCUGGUAAUGGCGAAAAACAGAGUUACACCGUUGAAAUCGAUUACCUUGCCGAAGCUCGAACUUAUGGCCGCCGUGGUGGGUGCAAGAUUAGCCAGACAUCUUAAAACUCCUCUCAACUGUAAGGAAGUGUUCAUGUGGUCCGAUAGCCAGAUUGUAUUACACUGGUUACAAGCAAACAGGUCCAAGCCGUUACAAAGAUUCGUGCAGAACCGCAUCAAUGAAAUACAUGAACUGACCGGAUGUUUCCGGUGGAGCUACUGUCCUACGCAACAGAACCCUGCUGAUUUACUCACACGUGGAAUUACAGCGAAACAGCACAAGGAAAACAAUUUAUGGUGGCACGGACCUAUGUGGAUAACUGAUAAAACCCAGUGGCCGAAAAGGAGCUUAAACCUUGAACAUCCCACACCUGCAUUAAUGACUGCGACCGACAACCAGGAAACACUACCGGAACAAGUAAACAGUAGUACAGGAUGUGAGACCGGAAUACACAAAAUCAUCGACAUUCAGAGAUAUAGCCACUACAAAAAGUUGCUACGAGUAACUGCAUACGUUUUGAGUUUCGUCCAGAGAUGCAGAAAACCAGCAGUACGAGUACAACGUUGCCACAGGAGUCUGGGGAUUGACGAGAUCCAGAGCGCCGAACGCCUGUGGUUACAGCAUUGCCAGCAAGCAUCAUAUUCCAACGAGAUCAACAACAUCAGGACUGGCACCAGCAGACGACUCGCGUUAGUAAGGCAGCUACGACUCUUUUUAGACGCAGAUGGGUUUUUGAGAUGUGGUGGACGUAUACAUAAUGCGCCGCUUAGCGAGAUGACAAAAUUUCCAGUUUUGUUACCAGCCAAACAUCCUUUGACUAUACUUAUAGUGUUAGAUGCUCACCGUGAAAUACAGCAUUCUGGUGUCAGUGCAACAAUUACUUUAAUACGGCAAAGAUACUGGAUACCAACGAUUAGGCAAUGCGUGAAGUCCGUUAUUCGGAGAUGCGUAACCUGCAGAAAAGUUCAAGGCAAGCCGUUUUCUGCUCCAGACCCGCCACCGUUGAUGAAGUAUAGAGUACACGAUUCCACACCAUUUUCUGUGACAGGAGUUGACUAUACAGGAGCUUUGUAUGUGAAGAACGCCACAGGAUGUGAAAGCAAAGCCUACAUAUGCUUGUUCACAUGCGCAAGCACACGUGCGGUACAUUUAGAGGUUGUGCCUGAUUUGACAGGAGAUGCAUUCAUUCAAGCGUUCCGAAGAUUCGUGAGCCGCCGGAAGUCCUUGCCAUAUCUUAUGGUGUCUGAUAAUGCUACCACUUUUUUAUCAGCAUCUACCCAUCUACAACAACUCUUCACGAUGAUCCAAGAUGAACUUUUAAGCAGAGGAACGAUAUGGGAAUUCAUCCCAAAAAGAGCGCCGUGGUUUGGAGGCUUCUGGGAACGGUUGAUAGGCCUCACAAAAUCUGCCUUAAAGAAAGUACUUGGGCGUUCUUACAUCACAUUUGAAAUGCUGCAGACGAUCGUUACUGAAAUCGAGGCAACACUUAACGAUAGACCCCUUACAUACGUAGGUUCAGAGUUCGAGUUGGCGGAGGUUAUUACACCUGCGCAUCUAUUAUACGGAAGACGAGUAACGACUCUACCCUAUCGUGAUAUUACUAGCAGUAACCUGGAGAUGACCAGUACCACCCAAAUAGACAUUCGAAAACGUGCAAAGGUGCAGCAGACGAUUAUUGACCACUUCCGGGAUCGUUGGAGGAAUGAAUACCUCACAGCAUUACGGGAACAUCACACUACCAGCGGAAGUAACAAACAGUACAUUUCAGUCGGCAGUGCGGUUCAGGUCCAUGACGAUACACCGCGCAGCACCUGGAGACUAGCUGUUGUUGAGGAAGUUGUCAAGGGCAAAGAUGGACUCAUUAGAUCAGCAAAAAUUCGUGUUGGAAACAAACUGUCUAACAGACCUAUCAUAAAACUGUAUCCGUUAGAAGUGAAUUAA